GUGAUGGAGGCGGGGUCGAACGCCCUAUAAAUGAACGAACAGCCGUUCUCCUCAUUAUUCAGUCUCCGGUGAGCUUGUGGUGUUCUAGGAAGUGCUGUGUGUCUUUGUGGUUCUACAUUAUGGCUGAAGUAGUGGAACAGCAACAAGAGCAACAGAAUGUCGUGGUUAGGUUUAUUAACCUUCCCUUGGUGAGCUCAACCUAUGAUAUAGUGUCUUCCGUUUAUGUGAACACUAAAGAUGCCCAUCCUUACCUGAAAUCUGUUUGCGGCGUGGCAGAGAAGAGUGCGAAGACCAUUACUACAGUGGCUGUUAAUGGAGCUAUGCCAAUAAUACACAGACUGGAACCUCAGAUUGCCAUGGCAAACAACCUUGCUUGUUUUGGACUUGAUAAGAUUGAAGAGAGGCUGCCUAUUUUGUAUCAGCCUAGUGACAAGAUUAUUGCUAAUGCCUCUGAGGCUGUUGUUGGUGCCAAAGAUGCUGUGAUUAAUGGCAUAACAGGAGUGGUUGAUAAGACCAGGGGAGCUGUCUUUGGCAGUGUGGAGAUGACCAAGGCUGUUGUGAAUGGAAGUAUUAACACUGUGCUUGGGAGUAAUGCAGUGCGCAAGAUGAGCAGUGGUGUUGAUACUGCACUUGCAAAGUCCGAGACUCUUCUGGAACAAUAUCUGCCACCAACUGAUGAGGAGCUAGCAAAGGAGGCUGCAAAAACAGAGGGAUUUGAGGUAUCAACAUUGAAUGCAAGCUACUAUGUUCGCUUGGGAUCACUCUCUACAAAGGCCCGCAAACGUGCUUACCAACAGGCUUUGACAAAAUUCAGAGAUGCUAAAUGCAGAAGCCAGGAGGCUAUUGCUCAGCUAAAUACCACUGUUGACCUGAUUGAAUUUGCCAGAAAGAACAUGAAUGAUGCCAAUCAAAGGGUACAUGAUGCACCGGGACAGCUGUACAAUAAAUGGGUGGCAUGGACAAAAAGCACAGAACAGAAUCCUUGUGCAGACUCUGAAAGCACUGAGCAAAUUGAAUCCCGCACUCUGACCAUCGCACGGAAUCUGACCCAUCAACUGCAAACUACAUGUCUUUCUCUGGUGUCCAGUGUCAAAGGCCUUCCACAAAACGUCCAGAACAAAGCUCAGAAUGUUAGUGCCAUGGCUGCAGAAGUCUACCAGAAUUUUCUCUCCGCCUCCUCUUUCAAAGAUCUCUCAGACAGCUUGAUAAAUACCAGCAGAGAGAAGUUCACAAAUAUGAAGGAUUCCAUGGAUGAUGUGAUGGACUUUUUGGUUAACAACACUCCUCUAAACUGGCUGGUACCUGACUUCAGCAUUUCUGACCUAUCAUCGGAAACUGAAGGUGACCCAGAAAUGCUGGUAGCGGAAGAGGAAGAAAUGCAAGAUUUUUCCCGCAUAAAUGGGUGUGUAAGGAAUGGGGAAUAAUCAGACCUGUUCCCUAAACUGUUUACACUCCUAUAUUCCUAUAGAAAUACUACUGACUUCAGCUUACCACUUAAAUCAUUAGGUUUAUCUAACCUAAAAAAUACUGUUGUGUAUGUAACCAGCUUUGCUCCAAACAGGAAGACUGCCUUGCUGCUGAAUGUUUGGUGUAGGCUUUGAGACUAGAACAUAAGUGAUGGCGUAUGAAUAUGAUUUAAUGCAUUUUUAAUAUCUUGAUAUGGUUAAUAUAGAAAUUUUACUCUACAGCCCAAACCACUUCUAGCAUUGUAAAGCCUAGAGUUUUCAAGCUAUAUGUUUUUCAUUCAGUUGUAGCUGUCAUGUCGGCUAUUUAUUACUCUCUUGGUAGUCAGGCAUUUAUGUGCUAAAUUAUGUCUAAUAUUUAAGUUCUUUCUUAUAGUUUCUAUACACUGCAAUUGCUUGUAUUUGUGCACCUGUUACAUGUUCAAUAAAAUAUUGGCUGCA